CCCACCCAACUCCCCUCCUUAGGGUACCCCCAAAAAACCCUCCCACGGGGAGCCUGGGGGGGCUGCUGCCUCCAUCCCUCAGUGUCCCAGUGCCACCAGUCAGCCCAGGUGGUUUCCAGCUGCCGGGCGGCACCGCAGGCAGCGGAAUGCGGUCGGGGCAGGGGAGGCAGCCGGGAGCGUCACCACGUCACCGGUGUGGGGAAGCCCUCGCCGCAGCCGGAUGGGGCGGGUGGCUGCUGGGAGACAGCCUGAAGUGCUCCUGUGCCUAAACCACGACAGCAUGUCUACAGAAAAACUCAAGCACCACAAGAUCAUCUUUGUGGUGGGUGGCCCCGGCUCGGGGAAAGGGACCCAGUGUGAGAAGAUCGUGCAGAAGUAUGGCUACACCCACCUGUCCACGGGGGACCUGCUGCGGGCAGAGGUCAGCUCGGGCUCAGAGCGGGGCAAGAAGCUGCAGGCCAUCAUGGAGAAGGGCGAGCUCGUGCCCCUGGACACGGUGCUGGACAUGCUGCGGGACGCCAUGGUGGCCAAAGCCGACGUGUCCAAGGGCUUCCUCAUCGACGGCUACCCCCGUGAGGUGAAGCAGGGAGAGGAAUUUGAGAAGAAGAUCGCUCCCCCCACGCUGCUGCUCUACGUGGACGCCGGGAAGGAGACGAUGGUGAAACGGCUGCUGAAGCGAGGGGAGACCAGCGGGCGGGUGGAUGACAACGAGGAGACCAUCAAGAAACGUUUAGAGACCUACUACAAGGCCACUGAGCCCGUCAUCACCUUCUACAAGAGCAGAGGCAUCGUCCGCCAGCUCAACGCCGAGGGCUCCGUGGAGGAGGUUUUCCAGCAGGUCUGCUCCCACCUCGACCGCCUGUAGGCGCCCCCGGCCCCGCUGCCCCGGCGGCUCCGGCAGAGACAGCGGAAGCGGCUUUAUCCUGUUUUCGUGGAUGGAGCCGCGCGGAGGAAAUUUCAAGGACAUUGUGUUUGGCUCUUUCCCGUCUCUCCCCCCCCAACACCAAGUAAAGUUCACUUUAAUGA